AUGACAACCGUCACCUACAACACCGUCACGCGCGACACGGCCAGAGCCACUGUCAAUGCUGUCCAUGGCCACACCUCGCUACUCGUUUCACGUGCAGAGGCCUCCAAAUCCGAUGAAGAAGCAAAGCGCCGCCUCCUCUCGUCGCGUAAACUUUCGCUUGUCGUCGAUCUCGACCAGACCAUCAUACAGGCCACUGUCGACCCCACUGUCGCCGAAUGGCAGAAAGACCCCCAAAACCCAAACUACCCUGCUGUCAAGGACGUCCGCGCUUUCCAGCUCAUAGAUGAUGGCCCUGGCGCAAGAGGUUGUUGGUACUACAUCAAGUUGCGCCCUGGUCUUGAGGAGUUCCUGUCCACCAUAUCCAAGUACUACGAGCUGCACAUCUACACCAUGGGUACUCGUACCUAUGCUCAGAACAUUGCCAAAAUCGUGGACCCUGAUCGCAAGAUCUUCGCCGAUCGCAUUCUCAGCAGAGACGAAAGCGGAAGUCUGACUGUCAAGAACCUCAAGCGCCUGUUCCCUGUCGACACAAAAAUGGUCGUUAUUAUCGAUGACAGAGGCGAUGUUUGGCACUGGUGCCACAACCUCGUGAAGGUCACUCCUUACGACUUCUUUGUCGGCAUCGGCGACAUUAACUCCAGCUUCCUUCCUAAACGACCUGGUCUGGAGCCGAGACCUUCUCAAUCUGCUAGUCCCGACGCACCAGACCCUUCAGUCGAUGCACAAUCAGCCGUCACUUCGCCAGCCGACUCGACAGGAAGUAAGGUCUCUGCCAUUGACCAGUUAGUCUCCAUGGGUGGUGGCAACGACCCUACCAAGCUCAAGGAACAGACAUCGGAGCAAGGAGAAGCCAUCACCGCUCAACUCACCGACCGUCCUUUGCUGCAGAAGCAGAAAAUUCUGGACGCUGCAGAAGAAGAUAGCAACGGCACAAACGAACAAUCCUCAGAGAAUGAUGCAGCAUCUGUACCCGAUGCACCUGUCGAGACACACAAGUAUCGCCAUAACCUUCUGCAAGACAACGACACCGAGCUUCGCUACCUUCAGCGUAGCCUGCAAUCGGUUCACUCGGCCUUCUUCGAGGAGUAUGACCGCAGGACUGCUGGCCCCAAGGAUGGUCGUGUUGCCGAAUUACGCUCUGGCCCCAAUGUCAACCUCACAACAGACAAACUCGAUAGUCUUCCUGACGUAACAAGCAUAAUGGCAGCCAUGAAGAUGAAGGUACUCAAAGGUGUGCAUAUAGUCUUCUCCGGAGUUAUGCCAUUAGGGGUUCAACCCCAAAAGUAA